AUGUUGAACCCCAACGACUGGGAUAUCUAUGAAAGGGGAACCAUUCAAUUAAAAGGCAAAGGAUUUAUGAAGACUUAUUGGUUAUACGGAAGGCAUUCAAAAGACCAGAUAUCAGACGGCAGUACCGGUGAUGAUAUCACACACUUUGACACGCAGAUAGAGCGCCUGUGUCUCAGCGCCGGUAGUCAACCGCUGACACUAGCCAUCAAUCGGCGGACAAGUUUACUGGACAAGUCGACCAACAAAUCGCUACUACCUGUGCUCUCAAUGACAAACGCGUACAGACACAACCAGUCGGUGGCGGCUAUCGAUAGACUCAAUACAAUCAAUAACUCAUUAGUGACUAAUAGGGAGAACAGGGAGCGCGUGGAGUGCGAGGUAGACGGGGCUGAUGGAGGACAGGGAUGUUUUAACCUUUGCCAGUGUUGGUGGGACUGGUGGGGAAGGGCGUGUGUGGAAUCGGAUGCCAAUUGUGUGAACACCGUUAGAAAACACAUUCGCGAAACGUUUUUCGUACCAUUAGUGUGUUGUAUAGCCUUAGCGCAGGCCCUCCCCGGCGGCCAAUCUGUGUCCAGCAGAAGCCAAGACGAUUGGGGAAACUAUGCCUUCGGUUAUGAUAUCGUAGACGAAUGGGGCGCCCAAAACGGACGGGAAGAGAAGGGUGACGCUCAUGGCAACAAAGUCGGCUCCUAUACCAUCAAGGAUGCCGAUGGCCGAUCCAGACGUGUCGACUACGUGGCCGACGCUCACGGUUUCCGAGCCACCAUCGGAACCAACGAACCCGGAACCGCCACCUCCAACGUUGGCGACGCCACUUACCUCAGCUCCGCGCCCAUCAUCACCGCCGAGCCCGCCCGAGUGUUGGCCGCCGCACCCGCCUAUCACGCACCCGCUGUGUUGGCUGCCCCCGCCUAUCACGGCGCCCCCGUCCUCCGCUCAUACGCCGCCCCAUUAGCCGUGGCCCACUCGGCCCCACUCGUCAGGUCGUACGCCGCCCCCAUCGCCCGUUACGCCGCUCCCCUGGCCUACGGACACGGACCCGCUCUGGCCUACGGUGCGGGACCCGCUCUGGGCUACGGACACGGACCCGCCCUCCUGUCCAACCCGUGGAAAUAG